CAUAAAUGCGGGUGUUGUUCGACAUGUAGCAGCUGCGCUCGAGGGGUGUGGUACUUUGCGAUCUAAAAUUGUUAGUAUUGGCAUAACUCCUUGGGGACUUAUCAAGAAACGAGAGGAUCUCGUCGGACAGGACACUGUUGUACCGUACCAUCCACAUUCGUUUUCACCGAAAGGUCGUUUUGCAGUACUGAACAAUCGGCAUUCCUAUUUCUUAUUGGUUGACAAUGGUACUGUUGGAAGGUAUGGUGCUGACAUAAUCCUUCGAAAACGCCUCGAAAUG